AUAGCCGCCGGAAUUGGGGGAAGAUUGUUAUCGAGAAAGCGAUCAGUGGAUCAACUCCGGGGCCGAAAUCGUCAGCGCAUGUCGGCAUCGCCUCAGCCGGGGAUUCGACCGACAAGCCAUGACGGAGUGACUCGCAAUGACAAUCAGGCUUUCCGGCUACUCCUCUUCUCUUCAAACAAUCCACUGCACCACCAUGGAGCUGCUGUUUCAGUCCGGGCUCCUCUCCGUGUAUUUACAACCCAAAAUAAUAUAAUUGCAGCAGAACCUGGUCCAUUAGACAAGCCACUACGAGGAUGCUGACGCAGCCCUUGUGGUGCAGGGCCCAUCCUCCGCUAUCACGGCCAGCCUGUGCCUUUGGGAGACGAUCCGGCAUUGUUCUUCUCCCCAGGGCUCUUCAGCUGCGAGUCUCGUCCUCGUCCUCGCUCUCGCGUCUGCGCCAUAAGAACCCUAGUGUCUCCUCCUCUCAUUCUCCGGUUGUCUCCUCCUCCAAUGCUUUGCUCUGUCCCGUCACACGUCCGACUCUAGUCCCUUCCAUCGCCGCAGCCACCUCCGCUACCUCCGUGACCCUACCUCCAAUGACCACCCAAUCCAGAGACCACGGUGGCCACCAUGGCCACCACCACCACCAUCACCAUCACGGAAACGUCUACCUUACCUCUACCGACAAACAUGAUGCUGGUGUGCGAAUUACGCGACUUGGCCUACUCGCUAACCUCGCCAUGGCCAUCGGGAAGUUCAUCGGCGGCUACGUGUUCCAUUCCCAAGCCCUCAUCGCCGACGCCUACCACGCCCUUACCGAUCUAGUUUCCGAUUUUCUGACUUUAGGCACAGUCGCCUGGUCGCUCAAGCCGCCGAGCGAGCGAUUCCCUAAUGGUUAUGGCAAGAUCGAAAGCAUCGGAGCAUUAGGGGUUAGCGGGCUGUUGCUCUGCGGAGGUGUGUUCAUGGGCCUCAAUUCCGGCCAAGUUCUGCUGGAUCAGUUCUACCCCCAGGCUGCGGAAGCGAUCGCGCAUGUAGGCGCCCUGGGACACGGUCACUCGCAUAGCCACGGCGUUGAAGCAAUGGGCCCGAGCAUUCAUGCCGCAUGGCUUGCUGCGGGGUCCAUCGUGGUGAAGGAGUGGUUAUAUCAUGCUACGAUGAAAGUUGCUACGGAACGCAAGUCCUCGGUACUAGCCUCCAACGCCAUCCACCACCGCAUCGACUCCCUGACCAGUAUUGUCGCUCUCUUUACGAUUGGCGGAACCUAUCUCUUCCAAGACGCAUCCUGGCUGGACCCUGUGGGUGGACUGUUGAUUUCGCUGAUGGUCAUCAAGGCCGGAUGGGGAAACACCAAGACGUCGCUGCUGGAGCUCGCUGAUACGAACGUUGACGAUGACAUCAAGGAAUCAGUACAGAAAGCCGCGGCUAAGAUGCUGGCGAAAUUGGAGGGUGGCGAUGCCAUCAAGGUCCGUGAUGUGCAGGGCAUGAAGUCAGGACAGAACUAUCUGAUGGAUGUAGAGAUCGCUGUGCCGGGCGCGUGGUCUGUCAGUCGAACCCGGCAGGUCGAGGAGUCCAUCCGCACUGCGGUCGGGGAAGGCGUGCGUGGAGUCAAGCGUCUCAAAGUUCGGUUUAUCCCCUUGGAGCACGAGGAGCUGAGUUUCACGGAGGAGUUCAUCCCUGCGGAUGUCACUUCUCGUGCGCGUCCUGAGCCAGAGGAUGGCGAGGAGGAUGAGCAUGACCAUGACCAUGACCAUGACCAUGACCAUGAACCCCGCAAAACCCGCUAAGGGUCAGGUUCUGUCCCUAUGAAUAGCAUGGAUUGGCAUGAUCAGAUCUGUCCGCUCCAUGUGUCAGUCGUUCACUAGCGUUCUGCACCCCCCAAUUCGAUGAUACCCGAGGAUGGAUAGUGGGGGGACAUCCAACAUCCAGUCUGCUGCCGUGGAGUACUAGCCAGUUGGAUAGAAUAGAAGAUUGAUAGGCGAUCCCAGGUGGAAGUAGAGAGGGGGACAGGGAGUGGGAUUUUGGAAUCAAAAUAGAAGGGAUUGUAUUAUCUAUGAUUACUGUGUAUCUAUCGGGUCUGGACGAAUGUACCAGAGCGCACCGAACUCGAUCCCAUGAGGCGAUCCGCG